GAAGAACAGCUAUCUAUGUCAAAACUAACUACAUACCUAAUACGACAAUCCUCAUUCGCCAUUAACAUCCGACUCAAUAUCGUCCGGGAAGGUCCAGACGGGAAAAGAUAUCCACAACCCGCUCCCCGUUUAGCGGGUCGUAUUGAAUAAACAUCAACCAGCUAGCUGAUUUUCACACCCAAAUCCUCAUCUUCAUCUCAACACUUAGCAUGUGUUCCCCUGCGAUCCCGUCCGAUGUUCUUCGGACGAUUAGUGAAACCCCAACGAAACUACCAGCAUGCUGUUACAAAUUUUCUUCUUCUGAAAGCUCACGCGCUGCGAGUCUCCAGAUCCCAGUUCUUCAUCAUGGAAUAACCUCCGUGUCCAUCGAAAAGGUGCCCACUUAAAUGUAUUGCGAACGACCGUGUCGUCCCAUCAAAUAUAUCAAUGAUGAACAUUCUCCCACGAGAUUUUUUUUCCUUCCCUUUUAAAUUCGUCGCGCUACCGUAGAGUCUAGGAAACUUUAUUUUCAAAUGGCUUCUUCUUAUAACUACAGCACAUCCAGUUCUGAAGUCGGAACUCCAUACACUCCUAGAUCUUCUUCUCCUACUUAUUCCGUCGCAAGUCGUUCUUCUUCUACCACUAUCAGUAAACGCAUUUCCAUUUCUACAAGUCGGAGAAAUACAGCUAUGAAUCCUAUAGGUGGCAUUGACAUUGCUGCCAUUGAAGCAGCCAUGAAGCAGUCUUCUCUUGACCACCUCAAAGGUUAUAGUCAGACGAAUUAUCCCACGGUCACUCAAUCCAAUGAUACCGAAUACAUCUCCCAAGAAUCCGCCCAGGGAUAUCAGGUUCUUCGUGAGCCUGCAUGGAAUAAAGGUACAUUCUCAUCUUCUCUCUCUCUCGCAUUUCCAACCCCUCAAAUUUCUGAUUCGCAAAAAGGUACCUCCUUUACUCCCGAAGACAGAGUCAACAAAAACCUUACUGGUCUCAUCCCUCACGUCCUAGAGAGCCUCGAAACCCAAUGUAUCCGCGCCAUGAGAAUGAUCAAUAGUCGCACUACCCCCAUCGAUAAAUACCUCUACCUCUCCAACAUCAAAGCCCAAAACACAGAUCUCUUCUACCGUCUCUUGAUCGAUAAUAUCGCUACCCUCAUGCCCCUCGUCUAUACCCCCACCAUCGGUGAUGUCUGUCUCCAAUACUCCACUCUAUAUACCCGUCCAGAAGCAUUAUAUAUUUCCAUCAAACAACGUAAAUCCAUGACUACCAUCCUCAGAAAUUGGCCAUAUCCAAAUCCUUCGAUUUGCGUCGUGACAGAUGGAUCACGCAUUCUGGGUCUUGGCGAUCUCGGUGUUAACGGUGUUGGAAUCUCGAUCGGCAAGCUAGCCCUCUACACCGGCGCCGCCGGAAUCCACCCCUCCCAAACCCUCCCCAUCGUCCUCGACUGCGGAACCGCCAACGAAGAAAAUCUCCGCGACCCCCUCUACCUCGGUCUCCGCAUGAAGCGUCCAGGCCCCGAAAUCGAACAGCAAUUCAUGGAUGAAUUCAUGGCUGCCGUCAAGGAAGUCUACCCCGACAUGCUCGUGCAAUUCGAAGAUUUCGAAUCCGAAAAGGCCUUCAAGUAUCUCGAUCGUUACAAGAAGGAAAAAAUGUUUAAUGAUGAUAUUCAGGGUACUGGAGCGGUGGUGUUAGCUGGCUACAUCGGUGCAGUCAAUCUCUCCGGAGUCCCCAUCGAAGAUCAACGCCUGGUCUUCAUGGGCGCCGGCUCCGCCGGCGUCGGCGUCGCAAAACAAGUCAUGGAAUACUACACCCGACGCGGCCUCAGCGAAAAAGACGCCCGCGACAAAUUCUGGCUCGUCGACACCAAAGGACUCGUGACCACCGACCGCGGCGACAAAUUAGCCGCACACAAGAAAAUCUUCGCCCGAGAUGACAAUCAUGGCCAUCAAUUUGCGACGCUGGAAGAAGUCAUCGAGUAUGUGAAACCGACGGCGUUGAUCGGGCUAACGGCUACUUUUGGCGUCUUUACGGAAUCGGUGGUGAGAGCGUUGAAAGGGAGUGUGGAUGCGGGCGGGUUGGGUCGCAGACCCAUUCUCUUCCCGCUCAGCAAUCCCCUCACGAAAGCAGAAUGUACAUUCGAACAAGCCAUUACCUGGACAGAGGGAACGGUAAUUUUCGCCUCGGGCUCCCCCUUCUCGCCCGUCACGAUCAAGCAUUCCGAUUCUUCAUCGUCGUCGUCGUCGGAAAAUUCCACGACCUAUUAUCCCAAUCAGGGAAAUAACGUCUACGUAUUCCCGGGAUUGGGACUCGGAGCGAUUUUGGCAAAGGCGUCGAGAGUCACCGAUGCCAUGGUGUAUCAGAGCGCGGAAGCGCUGUCGGGAUGUUUGAAUCGCGAGGAGUUGAUGAUGGGGCUUAUUUAUCCGAAGAUUGGCAGGGUGCGAGAUGCGAGUGUGGUGGUUGCGAGGGAGGUGAUGAAGGCGGCGAGGAGGGAGGGCGUCAGUGGGUUGAGUGAGGAGUGUUGGGCUGUGUGGGAGGAGUGGGGUGAUGUGGCGUUGGAGAAUUGGAUUAAGAAACAGGUUUAUGAUCCAAGGUGGUAGAGGGAGUGUCUGAGUAAUUGAGAGGGUUGGGUAGGAGAAGAUUUUUUUUUGAUUUUUUUUUCGUUGCUGCCUUUUUUUUUGCUUUCGAAAACUGGCUGGCUGGCAUGCUGGAGCAAGAUACCAUGACUUUUUAAUGCGAUUUUUCUGCUUUUCAUAGUUAGUUAUAUGGAUACGCUAUGAUAAUAGGGGUAGUAAUAAACACUACAAUUUUAAAGCCUUACGUUGGUAGUAGAUAUCUGAAUGGAUCGAAUAAGAAAGAAGAAAUAUUAUGAAUACAAAGCAUACGUGAAUGACCGGUUCAGUUCUAGAAAGUUCAAUUGAUACUCUGGAUACUCGUGAUAAUUAUCCACCACAACAGCACCUUACCUAUUUUCAUUUUCAUUCUUCGACUCUUCCUUUCUCUCUUUCACUUACCAAGUUCCACGACAAACUCCAUAUAAUAAUACAUCAUAUCAUAUCA